AUGCCGGACAAGUUCUCCGAAUACUUCGUUGGUAUUUGCAUGGGCUCCUUCGCGCAGGGUUUCCGCUUCGGCAUCACGCUCAUCCUCAACAUGACUCUCCAGAAGCGGCUGGAUAAGUGGCAGAAAGCCGCUCAGAGCAGGGGCGGUUUGCUCUUGGCAACGUCUCGCUACGAUCCCGCACGUCUUUCACGUCUCCAGGGCGGAUUGUUUGGCAUCAGCAUGUUGGCCGCGGGUACGGGCGAGUUCUUGGCCAACCCACCAGUGGUCAUCAAGAACUACCAGCCACGAUUGCCAACAAUGUUGGUAUCGCCACUGCUGAUCGCUCAGGCCUGCGAGGAGCUGUGGGCGAUGGGUGGCCCACCGCGCUUCUUCAGUGGCGUAGGAAUGGGCGUGCUGCGAAAGUCCCUGGCCAACGGAGUCGUGCUGCAAACGUGCCUCGCCCGCACCGGCCGGAACCGGGAGGGCAAGGAUCGGGCCCACGAAGGCCGCGCUCUUGGCUUCGAUGCCAAGCUUUG